UUUUCACGAUUUUAAAGACUGGCAGAAUCAAUAUUAUUCAAGUUAUGAUAUAGGCUACAAAAGGACUUAAGCCUCUUGACGAACAUGAUUGUGACUAUCUAAACGGUCAUCUUCAAAAUGCAUUAUUGAUCCGAUUUGCUAAAAAAAAAAACAGGAGAGGGAUAAAUACCGCCCUCGUUGUGUCUCCUUGUUUUGAAUAAAGACACUAAAAGCGUCAAGAUAAAGUAAUAAAUCUAAUAAACUUGGAAAUCUACUUACCGAAGCACACACAAUGGCAUUUAUUUGGGUUGUAUUACUUACAGUUGCUUCGCUUGCAUCAGGAAACUGGAAUAGUAAUGGAAAUUACUUCCUCUUUGCUUUCCCGUAUAAUCACCUAGUUGCCGUAGGGCCAUCGUUACAAAUUCACUCUAUUAGCGAGGAGCCUGGUUUUGUAUUUAUAUCCGCAGUGGGAAUCGGAUUUCUAAAGCACUUUAAAAUCAUGCACAACGAAGAAGUAACCGUGCGUCUACCUAGCGAGAUCAUGUCAAAUAUUGAUCAUGCAUCUGGUCUGAAGAAUAACACCAUAACGAUCUUGACAACAAACAACGUCAUUGUGUAUGCAGUCGUCGAUACGCAUGCGUACAGUGUAGAUGCGUUCUUGGUGGAACCUGUCACAAAUCUUGGGUCAGAGCAUUUUGUUGCAUCAUCGCCUCCACGAUAUGCUUCAAGGUCCCAAGCAAUGGUGACAGCUUCUUGCGAUGGAACAACUGUAGCUGUCAAACUGACAGGUGCUGUGACCUACCAACAAAAAAUAUAUCAGAAUGGAGACAGUUUGUCAUUCACACUGGACAGUGGGCAGACUUUCCAGAUAACAAGUGAGAACGAUAUCACUGGAUCCCAUAUUCGAGCCUCGUCACCUAUUUCAGUUAUCUCCGGGAACAGUUGCGGCUACACUAGCGACUUCAGCAAUGCGUGCGAAUAUAUGGCCACUCAGAUACCUCCGGUAACCAAGCUAGGAAAACGCUAUAUUGUCGCAAGUUUUCGUCUUGGCGAUACGGUAUGCCGAGCAAUUGCUGUACGGAACAACACAACAGUUUACCUUCCAGAGCAAGGUUUUGCACAGACCAUUAACGCGGGUGAAUUUUAUGAAUUUAUUCUCGAUGGUGACAUCACUAAGACACUAGUUGCCGAUAAUCCAGUAUUAAUAGCGCAAUAUGGAACCCGUGGAAAGGAUCUCUGUGACAGCUUUCAAGAAUACAUGUCAAUAUGCAAUGAAUCACACCCAUCGUUGUCCGUUAUCACUCCCGUUGAGCAAUUUGUAACUAGUACUAUAUUUUCUACGAUUAAUACGACCUCGUCUUCACCAAACUCAAUUGUUUACUCGUUUUCUAACCACUUAAUUCUAAUAACAGAUCAACCUUGUGGAAAUGCGCAAUACGCUAAAAUGCGUCAGAACAUGGGCCAGUUAACCGAUACUGUUGAGAAAGAAAACUUUGGCUUCUGCACGUUAAGUGGUAAACUGAAACCCGGCGUCCAUCGAAUAACAACGGGAGAUGACCGCCUGAAGUUUACUGCCGUCUGGUAUGGAUUUUCAUCCGUUGCUAUGUUCGUAACAACUAUUGGUCAAGAUUCUGAGAAACUAGAAUAUAUCAAUGAUAUUGGAGAACCUUGUCAAGAUGAUCCUCUUGAAGUAAAUCCAUGUGUCAACAAUUUAUGCAAAAAUGGUGCGACUUGUUCUUCGAAGGGAAACAUGUCCAGCUGUACGUGCAUGGAAGGAUUCACUGGAGAAUUCUGUGAACAAGAUAUUAACGAUUGCGAACCUAAUCCGUGCCAGAAUAAUGGAGAUUGUGUGGAUCAUGUCAACAGUUUCAUUUGCAUAUGUUCCGGUGGCUGGCAGGGAGUUUUAUGCGAUCUGAAAGAGGAAAACCGGAAGCAAGAGAGAAAAACUUCCAAAGGAAGAGAGUUUAUAUUCUCUUUCCCCGAAAACCUAAUGAAGGGUAAUGGACCUAGCCUCCGUAUAAUAACCGGAAGCGCUAUUACAACAGCAAUUCGAAUAUCAUAUCGCGAUGGUUUGGUAUAUGACCGAUUUGCAGUGCUUGCUAACUCCAUAAAAGUCAUCCGACUCUCUGAAACGUUUAUGGCACAUAAUGCAGAUUCACAAAAUAUCGCCCUCUAUGUUGAAUCAAGUUACGAUAUCGAGAUCCACGCGUUCGCUGACAAUCACCCAAUGAGCAUGGAUGGGUUUAUGGCGCUGCCAUUGCAUCGUCUUGGACAAAGUUACUUAAUCAUGACUUCUGUGACGUUGUCACAUCCUCGCCGACACUCAGAAUUUGUUAUAACAGCAACUCAAGAUAACACGCACGUAACCGUAACGUUCGCUGCUGACGUUCAGUUUCCAACAAGGUCCUUUCGAAGUGGACAGGAGGCCCACUUUCUCAUGAAUCGACUUGAUGUGUUACAAUUUAAAAGUAAUGCAGACCUUACCGGUACUAUUGUCAGAAGUACUUUUUUAGUAGCCAUUACAGCCGGAAAUGAUUGCGGAUUCAUUGCCACCCCGAACGUGGAGACAAAUUACGUAUGUGAACAUAUGAUAAGCAUGAUCCCACCCCUUAGGAGCUGGGGUCAAACGUUCGUGAUGGCACCCUUUUUAGGGUACGAGAGUGGCAUUAGUUCAAUCAGGAUACUUGCUGCUAAGGAUAACACUAUAGUUCAGCGCACUGGUGCACGUGACAUUAUUCUCAAUCGAGGAGACUUUUCUGAUUCAGUUAUGUUUGAUAAAACGGGGGUUGUGAUUAGGUCGUCAAGGCCGAUCCUUGUUGCGCAGUUCACUGUGCCAAUGCCACUGACCUGCGAAGGGUGCGAUGGGAAAUCCUCGCCAUCCAUGGUCAUCAUACCACCGACUAGUAUGUUCUCUGAUUCACUGACAUUUUCAACAUACAAUGAACUGCAGUUUGGUAGCUACGUGGUGAACUUCACAAACUUUGCCACAAUAGUAACCAAAUGCGAAAAUAAGAAACACAUAAAAGUGGAAGGGCCACAAACAUUAAAAUUGGAGUGGAUGAGUCGCAACGAUGCGUUAUAUUGUAUAGCGAGAACACGUCUUCCAAAUGGAAGUUAUCGCAUUUCGACCCCGUUGCAUUCAGUCACAGUGUCAGUGCUUCUAUAUGGAUUUAGUCUGUCAUCUACUUAUAUUUUAUCAGUUGCUGAGGGUAUCUCCGUGCACGGAAUAACAGAAAUAAAAGAACAAGACUUGACAUAUUCAACCCUCAAGACAACAAAUAGUAAGCCUAGGCCUAACGAGACAUCAGAGUACUUCAUAGGAUUCAUUCAAAAUGGCCCAACGUACUUGGAGUCGGAAGGCCCAAAACUUCAUCUUCUCAACGGAAAUAGUCCAGUUGAUGUGAAUAUCAGUAGCCCUGGGCUGUUCUUUCAGAACAGUAUAACACUAGAAGCUGGUGAAUCAAGAGUAGUUGAACUACCAUCGGAUGCAAUCGAAUUUGGUUCGAGACCGAUCAACAGCGCCAUCUAUAUAACAAGUUCUCGCAAGAUAACCAUAUAUGGAAUAAAUGAUGUUCAAUUUCUAAGUUCUGAUGGUUUUCUAGCCUUACCGGUAGAAAAACUCGGUCAAGAGUAUUACAUUGCUUCAGGAGCUACUCUUCAGCGGCGCACGCUCAGUCGUUUUUCAACUGUUAUAAUUAUAGCAACUCGUGACGCAACCAAAGUUGCUGUAUCUGUGACCCAAACUGUAAAUUAUGGAGGACGGACUUUUAACCCCGGGGACAUCAUUGAAUUAUACAUGAAUAAACUUGAAGCUAUUCAACUAGAAAGUUCAUCAGAUCUUAGCGGAACCUAUAUCAGAGGUGACCAGCGUAUCGCUGUUUUCUCAGGGUCCGAUUGCGGCGGCGUUUUCUACAGAUAUGGUCCAAAACCUGGAAUUAUUAGCAGCCGAAACAGCUGCGAUCACAUGGUAGAGCAGCUGAUCCCGGCAAGUUCAUGGGGUUCAACAUUUGCUCUUGUCGCUUUCGAUGGUUACACAAAAAGCCAUACUACGGCAAGAGUAAUUGCAAGUUCUGACCGAACUUUUGUGAACGUUGGGGGCGAGAUAAUCUAUGUAGACAGAGGACAAUUUCAAGACAUUUACUUGGGUGGAAUAAAUAAACAAGCGCUAGAGGUAAUUUCUAAUCAGCCAAUACAAAUCGUACAGUAUACAGUAUACAAUGCAUUAACUUGCAAUGGCUGUUCUGGGUAUUCCAAUCCAUCAAUGACCAUAGUCCCUGCAAUGUCUCAUUCUAUUUCCAAGGUCAAAUUCAUGACUUACAACGUCACCAUGGCAACUGGAAGUCCAAGAAUCUACCAUACGUACAUGAAUAUAGUGACCAAAUGCGUGAAUAUAUUCAGUUUAACAAUUAAUGGUAAAGCACUAAAAAGUGCCUGGUCGCAGGUUGCCGGUGUGUCAGUUCUGUGCUACGCUCGAAAUGAAUUAGCGCAUGGAGUAUACGAAGUUGCGUCGGUAAAUGGCGCCCUCUUUACGUGUACGCUUUACAGCCACACAAAAAGUGUGUCGAUGGCCUUUCCUUGCGAUAUGAAUCUGUGAAACGCUAAAACUCCCAGGGGCUUAGUUUUCUAUUAGGAUUCCCUAUUAAAGGGGGUUCGAGAAUUAAAAUUUCGAUUGAACAAUAAUGUACUACGAAGAAUUGCAGUACUAGUAAGUAUUUUCACUUCUCCGAGCUCGGUAGGGACGGGCUAGUGGUGGUAUUACAUAAAUUACAGAGUUGUAGCAUGAAAGUAUUAUUACUAAUUUAGAAACUGUAAAGAAAUUUCUGAAAUUGACUAUGGAAAUACCUGAGAUUAGGUAACAUAUAAUAAUGUUAAGACGAAUACAUAAAAUUUUAUUGGGCAAUGUUAAGUUAGGAUUUUUGCUUGUUGUACAGUUUUGUCAUCAUCUUUUUAGUUGUUAUUGUAUAUUCUUGAUGUAUUUUUUGCUUGUGGUCUAGUGUUAAAUUCAUUCUUGAUGUUUUUGUCCUGCCAAGGAAAAUAAUUUUCACAAGAAUUAUAUUUUAAACUAAUGACGAAUAAAGUAUGUCUAUGUCUAUGGGAACGGGCAUGGAGAGUGCCACACCAAUAUUUUUUUAUAAGCACCGCUCUCAAAUCAAUCAAAAUAUUUUUUAUUCACGAAAUAUAUGAAAUACAACAUAAAAGCUUGUUUACCAAUAGUGUUCUUCCACAUAUUUGUGAUGUAAAUAAGUGCCGCACUAAAGCCUUUUUAUAAGCGCUGCGUUUACUCAGGCGUUUACAUUACUUUGGAAAGCUUAAAGAAGAUAUAAUAUUUUGCAAAUGUUACGUGAUCAAUCUUUUCAAUUAGCUAUUUUUCUAUAACAUGACAGUUGAACCUCUUGGAUAUUUAAUGGUGAGUUAAUUGAAAGACUAUCACACUUAUCUGCAUGACCACGAUUGAACUCAUGAAUAUUAAGGGAAGCAGUACCGGGGCGGGGGAAGUGCAUUGCUCCGAAGGUCCUUUGGUCCGAAGGUCCGUUGCACAGUGGGCCAGGUCGAAAUCAAAGUGUGCCAAAAGUCCAUUUUGGUGACUAUGGUUUUUACACUUUUUUUCACAUGAUUGAAGAUGGGUAUACCCUGGUGAAUCUAUCCUGAAAAUAUUUUACAUUUAAACGAAUUUUAAGGGUAGUAUUUUUCAAGAAAUGUCGGAAAUUACUCUAUAAAUAUUUAAAAUGCUAUAAUUGACUACAUUAUAUCAAAACACGUUUUUUUCUUACAGAAAAUUCGGAAUUACUUCAAAAUGCAUAGGUUUCUUGUAUAUA